CACCCUACCAUUCAUCGACUCAUUGUUGCAGAUAUGAUAGACAGAUGGGACCUUGAAGAUACACCAGAAACAGAAGAAAAAGUUCUCAAAAUUGCGAAAGAGAGAUAUAGAGGCUGGCGAUCAACUCUAAGCUCCACUUACAAGGCAUACAAAACAGAUGCAGCUAGAUUGGCUAAUCUGCCAGAAGAUUUACAACCAGAAGAGUGGGAAUGGAUGAUUGAGUACUUUGGCACUGAUUCAAAAUUUCAGGAACGCAGCCAAAAGAACGCUGAUAACCGUAAGAAACAGAAGACAAAACACAUAAUCAGAUCAAAAUCGUACUCGCAAGUUAGUUUUGAGAAGAGAAACUUGGAAACUGGAGAAGAGCCAGAUUAUAUUGCUCUAUGGGAACUCACCCACACAAACGAUGGAACAUGGUCUAACACAGAUUCCCAGAAAGUUUACGACCAAGCACUUCAAGAGGUUAAAAACAAAGAAGCUGAAACUUUAGGUCCACUUUCAAGUGAGCAGAAAAACAAUGUUUUCCAGACCGCUUACAAAGACACUCUGGAAUGCAAGUCAUCGCAGCCUCGUGGGUACGGAUACAUGGCCACAACUUCAACUGGUUCUGAAAAGUUCCGUAUCCAGAUUGAAGAGCAAGCUCAUGCUACAGCUUGUGCUACAGCAGCCACCCAGGAGCGAAACUCUCAGCUCAGCCAGCAGGUCUAUGACUUAGAAGAUCAACUACAAGCUGAACGUGCUAACACACAAGAGAGGAUGAACUUGGAGCGUGCCGAGAGAGAACAACUUGAGGAGAGGUUAAAAGAAGAGCGUGCUGAAAGGGAAAGAUUGUUGCAAGAGGAGCGAACAUCAAGACUGGAAUUUGAAUAAAACAUGAUGGCAAAG